AUGGGCAAGCUCUUGGGCAAAGUCAAGGGCAGCAGUGGUGGCGGUCAUAUGCCCCAGGGCGGCUAUCCCGGCCACGGCUACGGCGGCCAGCCGCAGCAGCAGUAUGGUGGUUAUCCCCAGCAGGGCGGCUACCCGCCUCAGCAGCAGUACGGAGGAUACCCGCCCCAGCAGCAUUAUGGCGGCUACCCGCCCCAGCAGCAGUAUGGCGGUUACCCCCCUCAGCAGGGCUAUCCCAUGCACGGCGGCGGCUACCCCGGCUAUCAGCAAGCCGGCGGCAGGAGACCAGGUGGUGGCGGCGGCAUGGGCAUGGCGGGUGGCAUGAUGCUCGGUGCCGGUGCCGGUAUGCUCGGUGGUGCCAUGCUGGCGAACAGCUUCAACGACUCGCAGGACGAGGCGUAUCAGGACGGAUACGAGGACGGUAUGGAUGACGGUGGUGACUUUGGCGAGUAAACGAUGCGCCAAAGACGACAGGCAGGCGUAGUAGUUGAAGUUGGGCUGAUGUUGGAUAUUUGAUUUUCGCGUGGAUGGACUGGUCGACUGCUUUGAGGUGUAUGUGCGCGGCAUGGCGCAACCGCUAUCAGCUCUGUCCAUGUUGACAAUUGGGUUCCUUCGCAUUUGCUUCCAUUUACAAGUGUACGGCCGGAUAUGAAUUUUGAUUACAAGGGCUCCUCUCAAUGAUCCGUCCUAGGCAUAACUGUCCUGUAAA